CAAUGAGAGAGGCUGUUAUUUGGGUUUCUCUAGCGACGUACUUUCAUUCAGUGAUGUUAUCAUUGUGGGUCGCCGCCUCAUGCUUUGUAGUCACAUUUUAAGUGAUUUUCGCCGACCACCAGACCUUGGGGACGAUGUCUUUUCCAGGGCCAGGCCAUGAACGAGCUAACCGGAAACAGCUAUUAGAGCAAUUAGAAGAGAAAAAGAAGCUACUUCGUAUGCAGGCUCAACAUAACCAAGGCAGCAGCAGCAGCAGCAGUAGUAGUAGUAGUAGUAGUAGUAGUAGUAGCAGCAGCAGCAAUUCGUGUAAUCCAGGAAGCACACUAACCAUACCAUCAGCACCCAGUACUCCAACAAACAAUGGAAAUGCUUCCACCAGCAUACUACCUCCAGUUGUCAGUCCCACCAUGCCUCCUACCCCAGUAAGCGUCUCCAGUGUGCCUGGAAGUGUUGGUCGGGAAGUCAAUCGUGUCGUUGUGAACCCUUUAACAGCUUCUUCGAGCUAUGAUGCUGCUCCAAUGACUCCCGCGCAGAGGGCUGCACUACAGCAUGCUCACGCGAACUCAGUAGGUUAUUUCAUUCCUCAGGACUCUUCAUUUGGGAAUCUAAUCUUGCCAGUUAUACCUCGGUUUGAUGUUAAAUAAAAUAUUUUCUAAGAAUUUUUGGGGGGGAAAUAAAGAUUUUUUUUUUAUGACAUGGAGUAAUAAAAUUAAAAAGAAAAAAAAAAAGAAAAAGUGACCACCACCCAAUGUUAAAUUUUUUUGGGUCCCUCUUUUAAACACUGGUCAACACAUUGAGGAUUAUUUCAAAACCAAGCAAAGAGAAUAUGUUGAAAAUCUCUUUUUCUCCCCAUUACAAUUUUUUUUCUUUAAAUUUGAUUUUUGUGAAAUAAUUGAGUUGUUUUUAUUGUUGUUUGGCCCCAGUACAUCUUUGGUCAAGCAGACCUAUCAUCAUAAGCAUUCCAGCCAUGACUAACACCACUUGUUUUUUUUUUCAGGCACAGUGUGUCUUUGACAACAAUAUCUAACAUGUCCUUUCAUUGAUAGUAAAAUGUGUCGUUAUCAACACAA